CUUACGCAAGUAAAACGAUGUUAUAAAGUGUUGUAUUUUACGUACCCAAGUCAUAACACACAUGUGCUGUGUGCUGAAAUUAAACGAGAGUUGUGAAGAACCGUAGGAAAUUUAUCACUUGAAUGUUAUGUGGGAUUUUUUUACUGUCUGAAUAAAGUUUUUUGUCUGUUUCUCGGAGUAGGCUGUCACUUAACAAGACAUGGGGACUACAGAGCUGGAUAUUCUAGAUAAUUAUGACGUUAUUCAGCUAUCUCUGACAGGACUCAGUGGUGUUGUUAGGAAAGUGAAUAUAUCAAGUCAAAAAUUAAAAGAUAUACUUCGAAAUUCCGGUUGCGUCCAUUUUGGCAAUAGCGUCUCCAACGCCAGGAGCGCCUUAAUCUAUGACGGCAAGUCGUGUUCCGGUGCGGCCAAUGUGGACUUGUCCACGCUUAGAGAGCUGCCAUGGCUAUCGUCGCAGAACGGUCAGCGAGUGGGUAGCGCUUUAUGUCAGAUUGCGUCCCCUGCCCACCAGCCUUCCGUUGUCUGCUCUCCAAGGGCCGCAGCUCUGAAGCAAGUGAAAAGACUUAAGGAAGACUUUGGACUUAUUGUAAUGUCUGCCUUUGAAGCUGAGUUUAUGAUCUUCGAGAAAGAUGGAAUAACUCCGUUCAACAAUGUUCUUAUUGAGCCGUAUGGGCGGGCAGACAACAUGUCUGGAAGGGAGGCAAUCCUACUCGGUACAUGUAGCAUGAUGGACAAAGCCGGGUUACCUUUGGAAUCCUUCAUGACAGAGUUCGCCGCCGCCCAGUUUGAGUUGACCUUUCGCCCCGAGGAGGGCGUGACCUCAGCCGAUACCAUCACGAUAAUGAAGGACGCACUUAGGUCCUGCUUGAGUCAGAACGACAUGGCCGUCACCUUCAUGGCCUGUCCUUUAGAAGAAGGACAUGCUAACGGUUUUCACUUCAACCAUUCUCUAUGGACAUCCGAUGGACAAAACGCGCUUCUUGACAGCGACGACCCACUUUUCAUGUCGGACACUGCAAGGCACUGGAUCGCCGGGCUCAUUCACCACGCACCUGCACUGACCGCACUCUUAUGCCCCACUAUCAACUGUUACAGAAGACUGGCCGAUGAAAUGUGUCCCAAGCUGGCCACUUGGGGUGUAGAGAACAGGCGAAGCUACCUGAGAAUUAAAACAGACAAGAAAAAUGUCUACAUUGAAAACCGGCUACCUAGCAGCGCCUCAAACACCUACCUAGACGUGGCAGCCAUCCUGGCAGCUGGUCUAGACGGACUAGAGAGGAAGCUACCAUGCCCGGCACAAAGUGACACAUCUUCUCCUCUCAUCCCAAGAAAGCCCGAAGAGUCAUUGUCUGCACUAGAUGAAGAUGAUAUCCUGAGACAAGCCAUUGGUGAGGAUUUAGUAAAGGGCUUCAUAGAGAUGGCCAAGAGAGGUCUUUCAGCUAGAGUCGACGGUUCAGACACCUUGGCGUUUCAACGAGACGUGUACUUCCACGCAGUUUAACUCUGUCUUAUGCCGAAAUCCAAUCCAAGUUUAUUUUAAUGGUCGUUCCUCCCAUUGACAUCAACUUGUGAAAAUUUAAAGGAUUGAUCAGAGGUGCACAGUCUCCAGCCCUCCUCUCUCCCCAUCUCCACCUCCAAAAAAAAAGUAUUAUGGUACGAAGAUUUAAAUGUGAAAUAAUUUAUAAUUUAUAUAUUUUGUGUGGUACCUCUAUUAGAGCUAAAUUCAGAAGAACACUUGUGUUGAAUUGUUAAAAAUCAAUGUAAAUAAUGAAGUCCUUGGUUUGUUUUGGAAUGCCAGAAUGACCACAACUUGUGUGAUGUCACUGAGGCAAGUUGAUGAUUGAAUAUUAAUGCAUCCCUUAAUAAACUCUUUUAGCCAGGUAAAUAAAUUAAGCAAAUCAACUUUUUUUCUCACUGAUAUAAUUGAAUGCAUGAGUAAAGAAAAAAGGUAUUUUAUUGUACAAAAAAUAUGUUAAUAAAACAUGAAUUUAAGAGAUUGUCUAGACUAGAGUAAUAACAAAAUCAAAAGUUAUAGUCAAGAAAUAACAAUUAUAAACAAAGUAUAUAGAAAAAUCUUACAAUUAUGAAAGAAUGAAUUCUACUUGAUUAACUGAGUAAAACAUUUGAAUGAAUAUAAA